AUGGCUGCUGCACCAGUCGCUCAGGCUGUCAAUGGCUUCAUCAACCCUCCCACCGAUGCCGAGACCCUCGAUCUCUUCCAACCGAGCACACAGAAAUCAGCUGAGAUCAAUGAGUACAUUGUCAAACACCCACUAUCUCAGAGGCUGCGGCAGCAGGAAGGAAUGGUGGAAAGCCGACCACACAUGAAGAUUCCUCCCGCUAUGCGACCACACAAUCUCACGGGAGGAACACUGUUGGGAGACAACAAAAUCGAGGUCCCACCUCUCAACUUCAGUGAGAAAGAAGCAGACCUUCCUACGCUCGUACAGAUAUCAUAUCUUGGACCUGCAUUGUGUGGACACCCUGAUGUUGUGCACGGCGGCCUGUUGGCUACAAUGCUGGACGAGGGAUUGGCGCGUGCUUGCUUUCCAGCUCUGCCCAACAAGGUGGGUGUGACUGCUAGCUUGAAGAUCGAUUAUCGCGUGCCAUGUCCUGGCAGUAGCUACGUUGUCUUGAAAGCUCAAACCACCAAGGUGGAAGGACGCAAAGCAUGGGUGAAAGGCUGGAUUGAGCUGUUGGGCGAGGAGGAUGGUGCUGGCACACCACUUGUGGAAGCAGAGGCAUUGUUCAUCGAGCCAAAACAUGCCAAACAAAUGGCGGGAGUGUAUAGCACCACUUGA